AUGCCAACGUAUGUGAUUGAUGUGGGAAGAGCCGCCGGAAACAAUCUGCCGGAACAAGGACCACAGCUCCUUCAUACAAAGAAUGGUAUCAGUGGACAAUAUGCUGCACUCAGUCACGUCUGGGGAAACGGACAAUACACAGUUCAGACGACUAUGAACAAUGUGAUACACAUGCAACAGAAUAUUGAUCUGCAUUCAAUCGAGUCCACAACAUUGAACGAUGCCAUGUCCAUUACGCGCUCUCUCGGAAUUCCAUAUCUGUGGAUUGAUUCACUGUGCAUCAUACAAGAUGGCCCAGGCUAUGAUGCGGAGUGUGCUCGAAUGGGGCAGAUUUACGAGAAUGCAGCUGUUGUUAUUGCCGCUACAGGCGCAGCCAACGAUCACGUCGGAUGCUAUCUCUCACGAAGCAAGUCGAAGCAAAAGCCCGUUCAAUUUACGAAUAGAAACGAGGAUGGUUCCGCUUCGCAUUACUACAUCACGGUGCAAGCUGGAAGUCUCGCACAAGAUGCUGAUGCGGGGAUCUGGGCAUCCCGCAGCUGGCUCCUCGAAGAACGCAUUCUCGCUCGUCGUACCCUCCAUUUCGCUCGAGAACAACUCUACUGGGAAUGUGCUUCCAUGACCCGCUCUGAAGACGGCGUCGUCGUCCCAAAAGGCAAUCCAAAACGUCUCUUCUACGGCUCCCUGGACCAAGUCAAAUUACUCAAGACUAAAGACCCAGCUGGCCAAGACGCGAUGCUCUGCUACCAACGCUGGUGUCUCCUCGUCGCAGAAUUCACUCAACGUACCCUCAGCAACGCUAACGACAAACUUGACGCUCUCGCCGGCAUAGCAACAGAAAUUACCAACCGCACAGGCGGCACAUACCUCGCUGGCCACUGGCAAGAUUACCUCCAAAUCGGCCUCCUGUGGCAAGCCAAGUCUGUCCGUCUGCAAAUCCCCGACAACCCACUUGCGCCAACUUGGUCGUGGGCUUCUCGCCAUGGU